AUGCUCUCUUCUAGUGUUUGUCCCAUCCCAGCGGAAUUACAAAAGAUCAUAGAUGAAGGUUAUAUACCUACGAGGGGAGGGAAAAGGAAAGCGAAAGAGGAAUUCGAAGAGAGAAUUGUCACUGAAGUUCAGGAGGACAACACUCUCAUAAAUGAAGAGGAAGAUAUAGUUGCAACUUCUGAACCCACCCCUACAAAAAAUAUUCUGAAGGUAUCUUCUCCUCCAACUUCUUCCAUUCUGGAACCAAAGAUCUCCGUCCCACUAUCCUCGCCUAUCUUUUCAGACUUAACCCCACCCACAACAUCUACAAUAUCCACUCCACCAAAAGUUCUAAAUGUCAAAUCUAUUUCGGAGGAGACUAAGACUUCAGGCAUCAUUGGCAACACAUCCGAUGUAGGGCUAAAUGCUACCAUUGGUGUGACUUCCGAACAUACUUUGUCUUCGGUUCCUCUAGUUAAUGAUGAUAAUGAGAUAUUAUUUGAAGAUGAUCAAGAACCGAAUGCAUAUUUUGUCUUUCACCCUUCUGUGUACAUAUUUCCAGUGAUGAUGAUGAAGCGUCUAUGA